GCAACUCUUUCUUUCUUUCAUUUCAAUUUUUGCGGAAAAGCUCUUUUGAAGCGUUUUCGACUUGAGGCGUUGACCGCAAGAUUGAUAUUUAAUUAUUGUGAUAUUUUUUUCUAAAAUCUCGGUAAGAGUAUCCUAGAAUAGUCGAACGUAAGUCUUUUUGCAUAAGUUAUAGGUAGCUUUAAAUCUAAGCAACUCCUUGACAGAUCGAUUCGCAUUAUACAAAGUUACAGGUUAUACCUAUAAAAUUAAUUUCAUUUUUGCACUAUUUCUGGCUCAUAAAUUUACUUGAAAUGGAAAGUAUGGAUGUUGCACAAGAGGGCACGUCGGCCGCGUCCACGCCGGUAGUUGAAAAUGGACCCGACAAAAGUGUCGCGGCGGAAGAAAUGACUUCAAGAGACUAUUAUUUUGACUCUUACGCCCAUUUCGGUAUACACGAGGAGAUGCUUAAAGAUGAAGUACGUACGCUCACAUACAGGAAUGCCAUGUACCAUAAUAAGCAUCUUUUCAAGGGAAAGACAGUCCUAGACAUAGGUUGUGGUACGGGCAUUCUUUCAAUGUUUGCAGCAAAGGCAGGUGCAGCUAAGGUUAUAGCAGUUGAAUGCUCCAACAUAGUUGAUUAUGCUCGUAAGAUCAUAGAGGCCAAUCGGCUCGAUGACAUUAUUGAGAUUGUUAAAGGAAAGGUUGAAGAGGUGGAGCUGCCUGUUGAGAAGGUGGAUAUAAUUAUUUCUGAAUGGAUGGGAUAUUGCCUCUUUUAUGAAAGUAUGCUGGACACUGUGUUGUAUGCUAGAGAUAAGUGGCUCAAGUCAGAUGGCAUGCUUUUCCCUGACAGAUGCACAUUGUUUAUUUGCGGUAUUGAAGACCGUCAGUACAAGGAUGAGAAAAUCAAUUGGUGGGAUGAUGUUUAUGGUUUUGACAUGUCUUCUAUUAGGAAGGUUGCCAUCUCUGAACCUCUUGUUGAUGUUGUGGAUGCAAAACAAGUUGUCACAAAUUCAUGUCUUUUGAAAGAGAUUGAUUUGUAUACAGUCAAAAAGGAGGAUCUUAACUUUGAGUCCAAGUUCCAUCUCCAGGUGCGUCGUAAUGAUUUCAUCCAAGCUCUAGUAACAUUCUUCAAUGUGGAAUUCACGAAGUCUCACAAGCGUCUCGGGUUCAGCACCGCCCCCGAAGCUCCAUACACACAUUGGAAGCAAACAGUGUUCUACUUCGAUGAAUAUAUGACGGUGAAGAAAGGCGAAGAGAUCACGGGAACGUUUUCGAUGAGGCAGAACGCGCGAAACAACCGCGAUCUCGACUUUGAAGUGGAGAUUGAGUUCAAAGGUGAACUCUGUCAAGUUCAAGAGAAGAACCAUUAUCGAAUGCGCUGAGCUCCCGCCGCUUUCCGGACUCGCAGAGCCUACGUAUUUACCCCUUGAUACUUUACUGUUAACGCUGAACCUAAUAACACUACAGUUGUCCUACUUUCUAUAUUGUUUGUGCAUCGCUAACAGGUACUUACAUAUUUCUUCAACAUAGUUUCAUUAUUUUAAGAUGGAAUCAGAUUAUCGUCUAGCUUAAGAUGCAGUGUUGUAGCCACAUACCUAGAUUUAAAUAGAUGACGGAUGUGUUUCAACUUGUAUGUAAACCAAGCAUGUCAUAUCCUGAGAACACAUUAGGUGGCGGAAAAGCACUGGCUCAGACCACCUAUUCCAAUUAUAUAUACGUUUUAAUAGCCUAAUAUUACAAAGAAAUUUUUAAAAUUUUGCGAUUUACGUCUGGUAUUAAGAAAAGUGACGUGAAGAAAUGAAAUUCGUAUGAAAGUAAGACCAUUUGUCUCCUUAUUGGCGGGUUUUUAGCA